AUGAGUUCGGAUGUUUUGGUGUCCAGGCCACUCUAUGACAGCAGAGCUGUGGCUCAGGGGGUGCCAGAGAAAAGUCCACCUGAGGAGGUUCCGCAGCUGUCCUCGGGCUCAGCCACAGCGGGGUACCGCUCCGCUAAAUACACACCGGCCGAGUGGUUCUCCAACUAUCGCACCAUCAUCCAGCAGGCUGGUGCCGACCGCCGGGAAGCCCACAGCAUCCAACGGCACUCCAAAAGUCUGUACCAGGACGCCGAGGAAGUCACCCAGAAGACCCAGGCUGAGGGGACUCGACUCCUCGGGGACAGACUGCAAGACAUCCACUGCUGGAAGUCCGAGCUGCAGCGGCACAUCGAGCAGCUGCUGAACGACACGUCGGCGCUGCUGGCACUGAAGACCAGGCUGGAGAAGGCGCUCGACGCCACCGAGACUCCGUAUGCCAUCACCACUGACAAUCUGAACUGUAGAGCAAGAAGACUUGGACCAGACCUUGUCAAGGACUCUGUGGAGGAGGAGCUGCUGAAGGUGAUCAGUAACCCUGUAAUAAAUGUCAAACUGCUAUGGUGAAACUGUGGAUGACACGAAAGAUACUAGCCAGUAGCUCAAUGUGGUAUAACAAAAAACAAUGAAUAGCUUAAAUAGAAUAAAGUCUUAAGAUCUAAAUGCAAUGAUGGAACAAACUGUUUCAACAAUAAGAUUAAAAAUCGACUUUUUAGAGUAUUAAACGUAACUCAAAAAACUUGCAAUCCAACUACACACGUGUUGUGAAAUAAUAUUAAAUUACCAAAAUGGCAUCGUAUCACAUUUUAUCCACUGGGUGGAUUCCAGGUUGACAUUUUCUUACAUUUUUUUGUACUGCAAGCCUUGAGGACACUUUUCUAUGCGUCCAAAAACACCAGCAGAGAGUGCACUAUGGCCCACACUUACAUAAAGUGUCACUGUGUCUUUUUUAGGAAGUGGAUUUGAUUAGGAGCAUUCAGGCUCUUCUAAAGACAACUAUAGCUCAGGUCGUCACUCAGAUCAAGUGAGUCUACUUAUCUGUUAAAGUUAAACAAUUCAUCACCCAUAAGUUAUCUUUUUAUUAUUAUUAAGAGGAUCAUGUUCAACAGUGACCAAUAAAUGUGUCUUUGUAUGGAUCAGGUUGAACAGAGAUGUCAAGCAGACGCUAGAGAUGGACUGGUCUGAUAAGUACCAGGCCUACAGCUUUGAUGAUCACAGUGGAAGAUACAGCAACAUGAGUCCAGAUACACUGCACCAUCCCAGUUCUGCUACCAUGCAGGACCAGUGAGUAUACAUGAGUAUAAUGUGCGCCAUUAAAAGAUUAAGUCAAAUGGAACAGGAGAAAUGAGAAAAAUGUACCAAACUUUCUUGCAUGUCUUCUCCUGGUCUGUGUCAGGGUGUGCAACCGUACAGCGUGGAUCAAGUUUACUCAGGACAACUUGUCCAGGGCCAUACAGGAGGAGCAGGCCACUACCAGUCUCAGGUUAGUGUCUGUGAGUGUCCACAUGAACAAGACUUAAAUGAUACAAAGUUUAUGGUAAAAAUAUAGUGAUGGUGUUUGUGUGACAGAGCACUGGUGGAGCAAGUGCUACUGGACAUCACAGAGGAUCUGAGAGACCAAUGCUCCAACGUGGACCGAGCCUUCAGCCGGCGCUGUGAGGAGCUGAUAGAGGCCAAGACUCAGCUGGAGAUGAAGCACGCACAGGUAAUCAACAAAAACUGAACUGGACUUCUUGUCGGAUGAGUUCAGUGCUGAUUAUCUGCUGUGUGAUUUUGCGCAGAUCUUGGAUCAGAUUGGGGCCCAGGAGAAGAACAUUGUGGCCCUACAGCAGGCUAUCUACAACAAAGAAGCUCCACUGAGAGUUGCCCAGUCCAGGCUUUACCUCCGCUCCCUCAGACCUAACAUGGAGCUCUGCAGAGAUGAACCUCAGCUCAGGUACACACACAAACACACACACACACACACACACACACACUCUGUCUCACUGUAAGACUAUGUCUCAUGUCUGUUUCUUUUCGUUUGCUCCCUGUGUGUGUAGUCUGGAGGGGGAGGUGCAGCAGAUUGAUGUCACUCUGGCUUCUCUGCACCAGCAGCUGAGUGAUGCCAGAGGCUCCCUGUCCCACCUGGAGGAGUCACGCAUUACAGUCGAGAAGGACAUGAACUGUAAAACUCACUCUCUGUUCAUCGACAGAGACAAGUGCAUGACUCAUCGUAAAAGAUACCCAACCAUCGGCACCCUGUCAGGAUACUAA